UCAAACCCAUUCUUCUCUCCCUUUCUCUCUCUCUCUUGAAUCUUCAAAUUCGCAUCAAAAUUUUCACUGCUUUCGAUUUUUUUUUUUUGGGUGAAUACUUUCGAUUCUUCGUUAUACAAAUUAAAAAAAAAAAUUGGUAUGGAUCGCAUUAGUUUGGAAGAUCAAGUUUCAAUGACAGUGGACGACAGAGAAAUUGUAGAUACAGAUUCUGAAAUCGAUUCGCCUUGUUUGGGUUCCGGGAAAAUUGGGGUUUUUACUCGGAAUGGAUUGACCAGAUUGGAGGAGUGGAAUGGAGACUAUGGAAUCAUCAAGAAGAGCUUUCUCAAGGGAAUGGGACAGUUUAUGGAGGACACGAACGUUGUUGCGAUACAUAGGAACUCGAAUACGAGCUUGACGGGGCGAGCGAGGAUGGAGAGUUUUCGGAUAUUUGCGGAGGCGGUGGCGGAGAAAGAAGGCGGCGAUGGGAAUAUCAAGUAUGGAUGGUUUGGGGGUUCGAGAGAUGAGAUUUGUGAGAUUGUAAAUCAUGGGUUUAGCAAUUGCAGAGAAUCUCCUGGGUUUGGGGUUCAUCUUUCUCCUGCAAAUUUUGCCAUUGAUAGUUUGUUAUCAUCUCCUAUGGAUGAAGAUGGAUUAAGGCAUAUGUUACUGUGCCGUGUAAUAUUGGGGAAGAUGGAAGAAGUGCGUGCUGGUUCAAAACAGUUCCAACCAAGUUCUAAGGAAUUUGAUUCUGGAGUUGAUAAUCUCUCAUCACCAAGAAGAUACAUAGUUUGGAGUGCAUACAUGAAUUCACACAUUUUACCCAGUUACAUUGUCAGUUUCAGAGCUCCCUCUCUCAGAGGAUUUGGAAGAAUUCAAACACCAGUCUUGAAACCCAAUUCGCCAUACCUGAAGUUUCCUACUCUGUUGUCCAUGCUUUCCAAAUUUUUGCCUCGCUCAAAGAUGGUUUUGAUUACCAAAUACCACAAUGAUUACCGAGAAAAUAAGCUAUCGCGCAGCCAACUGAUACAAAGAUUGAGGCAACAAGCCGGGGACGAGCUGUUAAUGGAUGUAAUCAAAUCUUACAGAAACAAGCAGCAAAUCAAGUCAAGAACAAGAACUUUGGCUUCAAUGGAUCAAAGUAAUACAGGGAGGUUUGCAGCAGUUGCCUGAGUGGCCAAGAGGCAACAAAGCAAGGUGUGAUAUUGGUGUCUUCAUCAGUCGUCGCGUUCAACCUUGAGAGAUUUUAGCCUAGUAUUGUGAAUUUCAUUGUUACUGAUUUUUCAAUUGCUUGUUAUAGAUUUUCUUUUUUCUUUUUUCUUUUGAUUCAAUUGAAAAGGUCAUGCUCCACCAAAUAAUCCCAGUUAUUUUUCUGCUCAAGUAAGUUUUGGUUGACGUGGGCAUUCUAUUGGUGGCACUAGCAUUUUAGUUUCCAAUUCAUAGGAGAGAAUGUCAAUGCAACUUUUCAGUAGUCUUCUAAACAAA